AUGACAAAAGAAAAGAUAUUUUUGCCAAGUACUGAAACUAACUAUAUUGUGGAUGAUUUGUCGUCUGGUGAUGAAACUGAUAAUGAUGAACAGCCACGAAAAAUUGUUCCAAAAUGGGCAUUAAAAGAAAAUAUUUUGGAAAGAACUAAAAAAAUCCAUCAUUUAAUAACUAAAGAUCAAAUUGAACAUCAUUUUGGGAAAAUUUGCCAGCCUACAACGCAGGAUUUGUUUGGGGGAUAUUGCAAAGAUUAUCCUCCACGACGUGCUUCUUCAGCAGUUUGGAAUUCGCCAAUGUCUGAUCGUAAGUUUAUUUCUAUAUUUGAAAGGGGAUAG